AUUAACACGUGUACUCCUUAGAUUUGUCAUCACCCUCUGCACGUCUGUUUUUUACUCAUUCAUUACAACCGCAUUAGCCAAUAUGGAUUAUGUUUAGUGAUGCAAUUCAUGUGUUGAAUAUUUCCCAGCAAUAUGAUGAGAUUAUUACUAACAGAAAAUUUAUACUUAUGCCAGUUUGAAUAAAGACGGACUACGAUUUCACAAAUGGAUUGUUUUUCAUCUGCAUCUACAUGCUCUGAUGUAUCUUCGGAUACAGGGUCUGUACAAUCACCAUUUACACCAGGACAACAAAUAACUCCAUCAUCCACAUCAACUCAUUAUUUAACUGCUGCUUCAAAUGCAAUCGAUUCCAUUCAUUCAAUUGGUAAUCAUAAUCAUAAUAAAUUCAAUGUAACCAUGUCAUCGUCGAUCACAGCAAUCACAAUGACAACACCAACUUCUUCAUCACACUCACAACAGACAAAUGUUGAUUUACUAAUCAAUAAUAAUAAUAAUAAUAAUAAUCUAUUGAAUUCCAUUGAACGUGAUCGUAAACAACGUGAAUUUAUACCGGAUUCUAAAAAAGAUGACAAAUAUUGGGAACGUCGACGUAAGAACAAUGAAGCAGCUAAACGAUCACGUGAAAAACGUCGACAAAAUGAUAUUCUCAUGGAAUGUCGUAUUAAUCAAUUACAAGUGCAAAAUCAAAAAUUACACCAUGAAUUGCUAGAAUUGAAAUUACGUUUCGGUGUACCAUUAACUAAUGAAGAUAAAAGAUUCAUGGAAAAUCAAUCCACAUCGGAUGAUACACAAAAUGAUGUCUAUAAUGGACAUGAUGAUCGUCAUAAUCAUAAUAAUAGUGAUAGUGAAUUGAAAUUAUCCGAAAUUGAUUGUUGUAUGAUGUCGACAACAAAGUCAAGAAAUGAUUCAUUAUCAAUGGAUGAUUCACAAAAUGAAAUGUUAUUAAAAAGUGAUCCAUUCUUAUCAGUAUCACCAACACCACCUUCAUUGUUACCACAAUCACCUGCAAUAACAACAAUGAUACUGACAACGGCAACAGCAACAGCAACCACAACAACCACAACAACACCGUGUACAACAGAAACCAUUGUGCCAAUGUCAACGUCUUCCAUUGAUCCAUUAAUAAAUUAUAUGAUAAUGACAACAACAUCUUCGUCAUCAUCACCUACAUUGUUACCAUCAUCAAAUAGAAUAGAUGGUGAACAACAAAUGAAUGUUGAAUUGACAACAACAAGCACCAUAACAACAACGGCUACAACAGCAACAACAGCGACAACAGUUCUAUCUGGUAAUCAUAAUCAUUCAUCUUCGAAUAAUAUUUUAUUUCCUCAAUUAAAUUCAUUGGAUAACACUGAUUUAUUGACACUGAAGCGUAUAUUUUCUAGUUUAGGCGCUGGAUGCUUAUCAACACCACCACCUACUUCACCAGGAACAGUAAAUCACUCUUCAUCAGCUUCCCCGUUAAUUGCAGCAGCGGCAGCUGCAGCAGCUGUUGCUGUGGUUGCUACUAAUGGUGGUUGCACAAUGCCUUUAUCACCUAUUCCGGGAAACAAUAACAAUGGUGUAUAUACAACUUCCACAACAGUACCUUUUAAUAAUAUAUCAUCAUUAAAUACAACAGCUGCAUUAUUGCUUCGACAAGCUGGUUUAAUGCCAGCAGUUACUCCUUCACCACUGCCACCACUGCAGUCCACUCUUCCACUACCUCAAUUUCAUCAAACAAAUAAUAGUGGAUUGCUUGACGAUAUUUCAAUUAUGAAAAGCAAUAAUAAAAAUGACAAGUUUUCAUUAUCAUCGUCAUCUUCAUCCUCAGUUAUACCACUGGCAGUGGAUGCUGCUUUUCCUGUAGGUAGUGGAGGCGGUGGUCGCUGUUCAUCAGUACAUUCAGUGAAAUCAGAUGUCUCUGCUAAUUCAAAUGAUUAUUUUGAGUCUCCAUUAGAUCUUAGUUUAUGUUUACAAAUGAAAUCUGAAAGUCACAAUUCUGAAUAUAUUCUCAGUGAUUCCAGCAUGAUGAUAUCAAGUAAAUCAACAUUGGAUAAACGUUAUCAAGAUCGUCGACGUCGUAAUAAUGAGGCAGUACGCCGUUGUCGUGAAAAUAAACGUGCACGUCUACUUGGACGCACAGAAACUACAGAGAAAUUACAAAGUGAAAAUCGUUGUCUGCGUAGUGAAUUAAGUGGUUUAAGCAUGGAAGUUAAAGCGUUACGUAAGCUGCUUACAGUUGGUGGACAACAACAGGAUGAACACGAGAAUACUACGACCAUCACUACUACUACUACUACUGCUGCUAAUACUACUACUACUACUACUACUACUAAUAAUAAUAAUAAUAAUAAUAAUCAUAAUUACUCCAUACAUAGUACUGUUGUUUGUAGUAAUGGUAUGGAUUAUUUUAGUAACAAUGAUGAGGCAACAUUGUCGGCAACAACAACAACAAAAUACAAUCAGAAAGAAGUGAAAAAAAUGCCAUUAGUACCAACAUCACUAACAUCAACAUCAUCAUCAUCAUCAGUACCACCGACAUCAUCAUCAUUAUCAUCUUCGGUGGAUGGUGACGAUGAUGAUGGUGAUGAUGAUGACGACGAUGAUGUCAGUGAUGAUAGAAAAGAUGUUGAAAUUACUGUAAUCAAUCGUGAAAUGGAAAUAAUUGAAACUAUGAAUGAUAACAAUAUUGACAAGAAUAACAAUGAUAUUGAAAUGCUAACUUUAACAACAAUGAAUAUGAAUAAUUAUUCGUUGGAUGAUAAUAAUGCUAAUUCAUUGAGCUCUCAAGGAAUUAUUGAUCAGUCUGAGAAAUUAUCAUCCAAUAUCUCUACAGUAACAUUAACAUCUGAUCAAAUGAAUAAGAAUGUACAAAUUUUUUCGCUAAAUGAACAUUCCCGACAGAUUGAUAAUUUAUCAGAAGAAAACCUAGUUCAUAUGACACAUUCGAAUACAAACAACAAUACUACUGAUACUGCCGAUACUACUACUAUUAAAAUUGAUAAUGAUGAUAUUGGAUACAAUGUCAAUGUCAAUGGUAGCAAUGUUGUUGUUGUUGCUGUUACAAACACUGAUGCAAUUCAAUCGACUGAAUUAUUAACUCGUGUAAAUAAAAAUAACAAUGAUAAACCAAUGAAUGUGAUUUUACGCGGACGUCGACGCACAUUGAAAACACCGAUACAUAAUAAACAUGGGAAAAUUCACAUAAAUCAUUCUACUAAUCAGCUUGAUGAACAAAAAACAACCAGUGAUAAUAAUAUCGUUCAUUCUAAUAUUACACAAACUACUGAUUUGAACAAUGCAUCAAAUUUAUGCAAUACAAUGCAUAAUACACCUUCAUCGCUUAAUACUACUGCUACUGCUACUACUACUACUUCUACUACUACUACUACUACUACUACUACUACUACUACUACUAUUAAUAUUAUGUCAAGUAGUAGUAUAUUAUCGAAAAAUGAAAAUUCUUAUAUUCUACCUGAUAAAUCAACUUAUUUUCAUCAACUAACUACUAAUGAAUAUUCCACAAGAAAUUCAGGGAAAGAAGAUAGUAUUUUAACUUAGCAUUUAUUUGUAUUUUAUGUAUUUAUUUUUUUUUUAUAUAUAGAAAAAAAGGUUGUUUCAUUUUUCAUAUAAACUAUAUUGUUGUUGCUGUUUAUAAUUGUGAAUUAAUUACAAUACACUUCCUUUCAUUCCACACUGUUCAUCGAUUGUCUAUUCUCUUUCUUCCCUGUCCUGUGUGGGUUGUUUUUUGGUUUUUCACUGAUUGAUAAGUGUGUUGUUUCGAUUCUUAGUUUAUGUGUAGUAUAUUGAUUGUUUCCUUGUCCUUGUUCUUCUCCUUGUUCUUCUUCAUUGUCUUUUCAUGGUCAAAAGAUAAAAACACCAUUUCCAUGUAUUUUUUAUUGAAUUGACAUUUUUAAUAUUUCGAUGAGCGCCAAUUAUUCUUUUGACCAUUAUUAACUUUUUUCUAUUCACCUUUGUGAAUAUGGAUUGAUGCAAAUUGGUUGAAAUUAUCGCAUUCAAUAUUUUUCGUCCAGUCUCUUCAAAUUCCAAUAUACACAAUUAGCCAAUCUCUAAUAUUAUGAAGUGAAUAUUUUUCAAACAAUAAUAAUCAUAAUCAUAAUAA